GUUCAAACCGAUGCUGUCACAAUAUAGCGAACGUGAUGCCUCUGCCUCUUCUUCUCACGGUGGCGUGAUUCUCGACUUUGAGAGAAGUUGCAGAGAAUCGGCGAUGGAGGAGAAGGGGAAAGGGAGCGAGAGAUGGGGCGGGGCGAUCGCGAAUCUGACCGAGAUGUCUUCGAAUCUUGAAUCCCUCCAGAGGCUCCUCUUGAAGAAAGCCGUCUUCGUCGACGAGGAGACCUUUGCCCGAGCUUCCCUCACCGCCGAACAAGCCCGUACCAUCAAGAUUCUUCAACAAAGGGUCGAGACCUUGGAAAGAGAGCUUGAUGCGGCUAUUACAGCCGCUGCUCGUGCUCGAUCAGAGAAAAGGCAGGCCGAGGCUGCACAAAAAGCCGCAGAAUUGCGUACUCAGGAAAUCACAAGAGAACUUGAGAACACCACGAAGGUAUUUGAGCUUCACAUGGAGGAGCUGCGGGCAAAGCAAGAAGAGAUUGACAAACGCGAUAGAGAUGUCAAACUCCUGGAAGCCAUAAUUCAGACGCUCGGUGGGAAAGAGUCUAGUUCUACCAGGGUAUAAAGCUUCGGUUCUAGUCAUAAGUUGUAGCAUUACUGUAUAGUGUACAAUUGCUACGUUUUCGUCUUUUAUUUCUUUUGCCGUAAUUUCGAUUCAGCGGCUAAUCAGUUGAAGAACUUUAUCCUUACAAGAUUGAAUUUUGAGAUGGGGUGUUUUCCGACCUCUGUAUGAUUGUUCCUAGCAGCUUUCUUUGAGUCGCCUUGCUUUCAGAGAAAGAACUUCUCCUAGGACUUGUUUCUCUUUUAAGGUACUCUUGCAAAUCCUAGUUUGCAAGAGGAAUAAUGACUCAAACAAUUCAUAAAUUUUGGCUAAAUGUGCAAUAUGAUUAUUGAAGUUUUAAUUUGUUUAA